AUAAAUUUUUUUUAUAAAUUUUUUAAUUUAUUUUUAUAUUCCAAUUUUUUUUUUCAAAAUCUAUAUACACAAAUAUAUAUAAUCUAUUGAUUAAUUAUCAUAACAGUAUUUAAAUAAAACAUUUAGAUAUUUAUUCAAUUGAUCAAUAAUAUUCAUUUUGGUGCAGUUAUACCACACCAAACACUUAAAAAAUUCAAGUUUUUAUUUUUUGAAUAUAAAAAAAAACAAUACACACACAAUUUAAGUUAUUAUAGCAAAAUAAUAUAGCAUACAAAUAAUAGUAGUAAUAAAAUGUCAGGUGAUCAAAUUACAGUUGAUGAAUUAUGGCAAGAUAGCCAACCUACUUUUGAGGAUCUUUUCUUAGAUUUAAAAAAAGGUUUAACCAGAAAGCGUUAUAUGGAAAUUUAUACUAAAAUUUAUAAUUACUGUUCAUCAGCCAAUGAAAAAGCACUUACCGAUUUUUAUCAACCAAAAGUUAAACAAUUAGUAUCAGAAAAAGCCAUUCAAAUUAUGUCUAGAUCUGAAUCACUUCCAAAUGAUGCAUUAUUAUUAUUCUUCAGAAAUCAAUGGAACGAAUGGAAAAUGUCAAGUAGUGUAUUAAAGAAUCUUUUAUCACCAGUUAACAAAAUUCAUUCAAGUGAUAAAAAAACAACCAGUUCAUCAACUAAUUCAUCUGAAUCUGUUGUUUAUUCAGACACUUUAAAUGCUUGGAGAGAAACUGCAUUUACUCCAUUAAAAAAUAAGUUAUCAGUUUCAUUGCUUUCAAUUAUUAAAAAUGAUAGAACUGGUGAUUCAGCAAAUCUUCAAGUUUUAAGUGAUUCACUUGAAUGUUAUGUUCAACUUGGUCCAGAAAAAAAUAAAUUAGAAAUUUAUCAAAGUUGUUUUGAAAAUCAAUUCCUUUCAGAAACAGAAACUUUUUAUAAAGUAGAAUCACAGGAUUUCAUUGAAAAGAAUGGUGUUAGCGAGUAUAUGAGACAUGUCUACAAUCGUAUCUCACAAGAAACCAAUAGAGUAAAUAAAUAUAUGCCAAUUAGCACCUUAGAUAAACUAACAAAGAUUCUCAAUUCUGUUUUAAUUUCAAAUUACAAAGAUCAAUUUGCCAACAAAUUCCUCGAUAUUUUAAUUGAGGAUAAAAGUGCUGAUUUAGCUAUGAUGUAUUCACUCUUAAAUCGUGUUAAUUACCUCCUACCACUCAGAGUUACAUUCUCAGAUUUUAUUAGAUCUGAAGGUCUCAAAGAAAUUGAAAGUAAUUUGAAAGAAGCACAAGAAAAACCACAAGUACUCAUUUCAAUCCUUCUCAAAGUUUACAGCCGUUUCAAUAUUAUGAUCAAAGAAUGUUAUAACAACGAUACCGAUUUCACCACUGCUAUGGAUAAAUCAUUCACCAACCUUGUCAAUGAAAACCCAGCUUCAUUCGACCCAAAGAAAAAAGAAAGUACCAUCCCAGUUGUCUUAUCCAAAUUCUGUGAUCAAAUUCUCAGAAAAGGUCCAUAUCACAUUAGCGAUGAAACUGAAUUAGAACAGAAACUUACUGAAGCCGUUUGUCUCUUUAGAUAUCUCCCAGAUAAAGAUAUCUUUAUGCUCAAUUAUCAAAAAAUGCUUUCAAAAAGAUUGGUCGAAGAUAUCUCUGCAAGUGAAGAUGCUGAAACUCUUAUGAUCAACAAACUCAAGAAUCACCAAGGUUUCGAUUACUGUACUAAAUUAACAAGAAUGAUUACUGAUAUGAGACUUUGCAAAGAUAUUAAUACAAAUUUCCAAAAUCACUUAAACGAAAAGAAUUUAACUUUACCAUACACUUUCAACUUUUAUGUUUUAACCAAUGGUUCAUGGUCACUUACUAACAAACCAUCCAACACUCCAUUCAAACCACCAGCUGAAAUGUUAUCAAGUAUUACAUAUUUUGAAAACUUUUAUAAAAAGAGUUACCAAGGUAGAGUUUUAACUUUCCUUUAUGAUUUCUCAAGAGCUGAUGUCGAUUCAAGACAAGUUAAAGGAAAAAUCUAUAAGCUUUCAACCACAGCAUAUCAAAUGGCAAUUUUAUUAAUGUUUAAUUCAGCUGAUAAGGUUACUAGAUUCCAAAUUAACGAUACAAUUGGUUUGGAUGAGAAUACUGUUCGUAUUCCAUUAUUGUCAUUAAUAAAGGUUGGUGUUAUUGAUUGUUCAGAUGCCAAUUACAAAUCUUGGAAUAAUGAUACCGAAUUUAAUGUAAACUCUAAAUUCACAUCAAAAAAAAUGAAGGUUAAUUGUAACAUAUCUGUUCAAAUUGGUGAAAACAAAACAUCAGAAGGUCAACAAACUGUCAGUGACCAAGAAGUCGAAAAAGAACGUUUCUUCAAGCUUCAAGCUGCUAUUGUACGUAUUAUGAAAUCCAAAAAGACUCUUUCACACAAUGAACUCACUGUAGAAACCACCACCCAAGUCAGUAAAUGGUUCACUCCAAAAAUCGCUUCAAUUAAGAAGGCUAUCGAAUAUUUAAUUGAUCAAGAAUACAUUAGAAGAACAAAUGACGAUAAUCCAUCCGCAAGAAAAUAUGAAUAUAUGGCUUAAAAAAAAAGAAAAAAAAAAAUCUCAACAACUUUUUUUUUUUUUUUCAACAAAAUCAAAUAAUCCUUUUUUUUUCAUUCAUAUAUAAUAUAAAUAAUAUUAAAAAAUAUAAAUUCAGUGUUACAUUAAAAAAAACUAUAUAAAUAAAAUAAAAAUAUACCAAUAUAUUCAUGUUCAAAUAGAUAGUUU